AUGGGAGACAAUUCACCAGAGAGAAGAUCUGGUUGUGGCUUGAUAACAGCAAUGUUCGGAAGACAAAAACCAUGGCCAUCACGAAGAUCAGUCUCUGAAGGUUCUUCUCCCAUUGUCAACCAUGUCAAUGAUUUUGGAAAGGCAUCAAACACCCAUGAUUCAAAACGGCGACGAGGUGGUUCUAACGAUCCCACUUUGGUCACAGCACCAGCUUCAAUUAAUUCCACAAACUCUUCAUCUCGUUCUGUCUCAAAGCCUUCUUAUUCCAAUCCUCAGAAACCAACACAUUUUGUUAACCAAACCCAUCAAAGGAACGAAAUAGCAACAACAACAACAACAACAAGAGCCCCAUCAAAAGUGUCACCUACUGAGGGCUAUGUCAACCAGGGAAGAAGGGUUCCAAAAGAAGCUGUUGGAAUUUCGGGUGAGCUCGAAAGCAUGAUCAACGAUCACCAAAAGUCCAAGGGAAACAACAACCUUGUUAGAGCUUCUUCAAGCAACGUGAUGCUGUUUAGUAAUUUAGGUAACCUUAGGCAAGGAGGGGCAGGACCAGAUAACAGUGUUGCAAUGGAUUACCAUGUUCCUAAUGGAGGUUACACAAACCAUACUAUGCAGGGUAAUAAUAGGAGUAAAGAUGUUAAUCCCAGCAAGGAACAAUCGGGUUCACUAUGCAGGGCUGUGUCUACUAGAAUGGAUCCAGAACAAUUGAAGAUAAUGGGGAAUGAGGAUUAUAAGAAUGGAAGGUUUGCAGAAGCAUUGGCUCUUUAUGAUGCAGCCAUUUCAAUUGACCCCAACAAGGCUUCCUAUAGGAGUAACAGAAGUGCAGCAUUGACUGCUCUUGGUAGGCUUCUUGAGGCUGUGUUUGAAUGCAGAGAAGCCAUUCGAAUUGAGCCUCAUUACCAUAGAGCUCAUCAUCGUUUGGGAAAUUUGCAUUUUAGAUUAGGAGAAACAGAUAAGGCCUUAUAUCAUUAUAACCAAGCAGGACCAGAGGCUGAUCCUGAAGAGAUUGCUAAAGCGAAAAUUCUUCAGGGACAUCUAAGCAAGUGCACUGAGGCUCGUAGGUUAGGAGAUUGGAACAAACUGAUUAUGGAAACCAACAAUGCUCUAUCAUCCGGUGCAGAUUCUGCACCACAGAUAUUUGCAUUGCAAGCCGAGGCCCUAUUAAAACUCCGUAGGCAUCAAGAUGCAGAGAAAGUAAUGUCAAAGUGUCCUAACUUUGAUGUUGAGGAAUGUACCAAGUUCUUCGGACCUAUUGGUAAUGCAAAUUUGUUGGGGACACGUGCUCAGGUUGAUAUAGCUGCUGGCAGAUUAGAAGAUGCUUUAGAGGCAGCACAAAGAGCAGUUAGGUUGGACCCCAAUAAUAGGGAGGCUAAUAAGGUGUUGAGAAGGGCUCGAGCUGUUACAGCUACUCGAGCAAAAGGAAACGAGCUUUUCAAAGCAUCAAAAUAUUCUGAGGCUUGUGUUGCUUAUGGAGAAGGCCUUGAGCAUGAUCCAUAUAACUCCAUUUUACUAUGCAACCGAGCUGCUUGUAGAUCAAAGCUAGGCCAAUUUGAAAGAGCUGUGGAAGAUUGCACUGCUGCCCUUAACUUACGACCAAAUUACACCAAAGCCAGGUUGAGAAGAGCCGAUUGUAAUGCUAAGUUGGAAAGAUGGGAAGCUUCAAUACAAGACUACGAACUCUUGCUAAAAGAGACACCAGAAGAUGAGGAAGUAAACCGGGCAUUGUUGGAGGCCCAAGCACAGCUUAAGAAGCAGUGA